GAUGUCGGCUCUCUGGCGAUGAGGAGUGGCCAGAAGUGACUCACCUGGGGAACCAGCAUUAUGAAUAGCCGGCCCCCCCUGAUGGUGUCAGUCAGCCAUCGGGUCCCCCGGAAUACACGAGUGUGAUUGAGGACGUGGCCGAUUGCGGCAGGAUGUGUCGACAAUGAUGAUGGCAAGAAAGCAAGAUGUCCGCAUCCCCACCUACAACAUCAGCGUGGUGGGCCUGUCUGGGACUGAGAAGGAGAAGGGCCAGUGCGGCAUUGGGAAGUCGUGUUUGUGCAACCGCUUCGUGCGCCCGAGUGCCGACGAGUUUCACUUGGACCACACGUCGGUGCUCAGCACCAGCGAUUUCGGGGGGCGGGUGGUCAACAACGACCACUUCCUCUACUGGGGGGAGGUUGGCCGCUCUCUGGAGGACUGUGUGGAGUGCAAGAUGCACGUGGUGGAGCAGACCGAGUUCAUCGAUGACCAGACGUUCCAGCCGCACCGCAGCACGGCCCUGCAGCCCUACAUCAAGCGCGCUGCUGCCACCAAGCUCGCUUCGGCCGAGAAACUCAUGUACUUUUGCACUGACCAGCUGGGGCUGGAGCAGGACUUUGAACAGAAGCAGAUGCCCGAUGGGAAGCUGCUGGUCGACGGCUUCCUGCUUGGCAUCGACGUCAGCCGGGGCAUGAACCGCAACUUUGAUGACCAGCUCAAGUUUGUCUCCAACCUUUACAAUCAGCUCGCCAAGACCAAGAAGCCCAUCGUGGUGGUCCUGACCAAGUGUGACGAGGGCGUGGAGCGGUACAUCCGGGACGCACAUACUUUCGCCUUAAGCAAAAAGAACCUGCAGGUUGUGGAGACCUCCGCGAGGUCCAACGUGAACGUGGACUUGGCCUUCAGCACCUUAGUGCAGCUCAUCGACAAGAGCCGGGGCAAGACUAAGAUCAUUCCGUACUUCGAGGCCCUUAAGCAGCAGAGCCAGCAGAUUGCCACGGCCAAAGACAAGUAUGAAUGGCUGGUGAGCCGCAUUGUCAAGAGCCACAAUGAGAACUGGGCAGGCGUGAGCCGCAAGAUGCAGGCCUCGCCCGAGUACCAGGACUACGUGUACCUGGAGGGCACUCCGAAAGCCAAGAAGCUCUUCCUGCAGCAUGUGCACCGCCUCAAGCAUGAGCACAUUGAGCGGCGGCGGAAGUUGUACCUGGCCGCGCUGCCUCUGGCCUUUGAGGCGCUCAUCCCCAAUCUCGAUGAGAUAGACCACCUAAGCUGCAGCAAGGCCAAGAAGCUGCUGGAGACCAAGGCCGACUUCCUGAAGUGGUUUGUGGUGCUAGAUGAGACGCCGUGGGACGCCACCAGCCACAUCGACAACAUGGACAAUGAGCGCGUGCCCUUCGACCUGAUGGACACGGCGCCUGCCGAGCAGCUCUUCGAGAGCCACCUGGAAAAGCUGCGCAAUGAGCGAAAGCGGGCUGAGAUGCGGCGGGCGUUCAAGGAGAACCUGGAAACGUCGCCCUUCAUCACGCCCGGUAAGCCCUGGGAGGAGGCACGCAGCUUUAUCAUGAACGAGGACUUCUACCAGUGGCUGGAGGAGCCUGUCUACAUGGACAUCUAUGGCAAGCACCAGAAGCAGAUUAUCGACCGGGCCAAGGAGGACUUUCAGGAGCUGCUUCUGGAGUACUCGGAGCUGUUCUACGAGCUGGAGCUUGACGCCAAGCCCAGCAAGGAGAAAAUGGGGGUCAUCCAGGAUGUGCUCGGGGAGGAGCAGCGCUUCAAGGCGCUGCAGAAGCUGCAGGCGGAGCGGGACGCCCUCAUCCUCAAGCACAUCCACUUCGUCUACCACCCAACCAAGGAGACAUGUCCUAGCUGCCCCGCCUGCGUGGACGCCAAGAUCGAGCAGCUCAUUGGCUCGCGCUUCCUCCGCCCCUCUGAUCGCAAUCAGAAGAACUCGCUCUCGGACCCCAACAUUGACCGGAUCAACCUGGUCAUCUUGGGCAAAGAUGGCCUCGCCCGUGAGCUGGCCAAUGAGAUCCGCGCACUCUGCACGAACGACGACAAGUAUGUGAUUGACGGGAAAAUGUACGAGCUCUCGCUGCGGCCCAUCGAGGGCAAUGUCCGGCUCCCCGUUAACUCCUUUCAGACGCCCACCUUUCAGCCCCACGGCUGCCUCUGCCUUUACAACUCUAAGGAGUCUCUGUCCUACGUGGUGGAGAGCAUAGAGAAGAGCCGGGAGUCCACCCUGGGCCGGCGCGAGAACCACCUGGUUCACCUCCCCCUGACGCUUAUCUUGGUGAACAAGCGAGGUGACCCCAGUGGGGAGACACUGCAUAGUUUGAUCCAACAGGGCCAGCAGAUCGCCAGCAAGCUCCAGUGUGUUUUCCUCGACCCGGCCUCGGCUGGCAUCAGCUACGGCCGCAACAUCAAUGAGAAGCAGAUCAGCCAGGUCCUGAAGGGCCUUCUGGACUCCAAGCGAAACCUGAACCUGGUCAGCUCCACGGCGAGCAUCAAGGACCUGGCGGAUGUGGACCUGCGGAUCGUCAUGUGCCUGAUGUGUGGGGACCCUUCCAGCGCCGAUGACAUCCUCUCCCCAGUCCUGCAGUCCCAGACAUGCAAGUCAUCGCACUGUGGUAGCCACAACUCAGUGUUGCUUGAACUGCCCGUCGGGCCACACCGGAAGCGCAUCGAGCUGUCGGUCCUGUCGUACCAUGCCUCGUUCAGCAUCAGGAAGAGCCGGCUGGUCCAUGGGUACAUUGUUUUCUACUCCGCCAAACGUAAGGCCUCCCUGGCUAUGCUACGUGCCUUUCUCUGUGAAGUGCAGGAUAUCAUCCCCAUCCAGCUGGUGGCCCUCACUGAUGGCGCCCUGGACGUCCUUGACAAUGACCUCAGCCGCGAGCAGCUGACUGAGGGCGAGGAGAUCGCCCAGGAGAUUGAUGGGCGGUUCGCGAGCAUCCCCGGCAGCCAGCCACAGCACAAGCUGGAGCUCUUCCACCCAUUCUUCAAGGAUGUGGUGGACAAGAAGAACAUCAUAGAGGCCACACACAUGUAUGACAAUGUGGCCGAGGCCUGCAGCACCACAGAGGAGGUAUUCAACUCGCCCCGCGCCGGCUCACCACUCUGCAACUCCAACCUGCAGGACUCGGAGGAGGACAUCGAGCCCCCAUCCUACAGCCUGUUCCGGGAAGAUACGGCCCUGCCUGCCCUCUCCAAAGACCACUCGAAGCUCUCCAUGGAGCUGGAGGCCAACGACGGGCUGUCUUUCCUCAUGAGCAACUUCGAGAGCAAACUCAACAACAAAGUACCUCCGCCCGUCAAACCAAAGCCUCCUGUUCACUUUGACAUCACCAAGGGGGACCUGGCUUACCUCGACCAAGGCCACCGCGAUGGCCAGCGGAAGUCCGUGUCCAGCUCCUGGCUCCCUCCAGACGGCUUCGACCCUUCCGACUAUGCUGAACCCAUCGACGCAGUGGUCAAGCCCCGGAGCGAGGGGGAAAACAUUUACUCGGUGCCUCACGACAGCACCCAGGGCAAGAUCAUCACCAUCCGCAACAUCAACAAAGCCCAGUCCAACGGCAGCGGGAACGGCUCCGACAGCGAGAUGGACACGAGCUCGCUGGAGCGAGGCCGGAAGGUGUCCAUGGUGAGCAAGCCCGUGUUGUACAGGACCAGGUGUAGCCGGCUUGGCAGGUUUGCCAGUUACCGCACCAGCUUUAGUGUGGGCAGCGAUGACGAGUUGGGCCCCAUCCGGAAGAAAGAGGAGGACCAGGCGUCGCAGGGCUUCAAGGGGGACAAUGCCGUCAUUCCGUACGAGACAGACGAGGACCCGAGGAGGAGGAACAUUCUCCGCAGUCUGAGGAGGAACACUAAGAAACCAAAGCCUAAGCCCCGGCCAUCCAUCACAAAAGCGACCUGGGAGAGUAACUAUUUCGGGGUGCCCCUAACGACUGUGGUGACUCCAGAGAAGCCCAUCCCUAUUUUCAUCGAGAGAUGUAUCGAAUAUAUCGAAGCCACAGGACUGAGCACUGAAGGCAUCUACCGGGUGAGCGGGAACAAGUCGGAGAUGGAGAGUCUGCAGAGGCAGUUUGACCAAGAUCACAACCUGGACUUAGCCGAGAAGGACUUCACCGUGAACACGGUGGCCGGCGCCAUGAAGAGCUUCUUCUCGGAGCUGCCUGAGCCCCUGGUCCCCUAUGGCAUGCAGAGUGACCUGGUGGAGGCGCACAAAAUCAACGACCGUGAGCAGAAGCUCCAUGCACUGAGGGACGUGCUGCGCCGCUUCCCACGUGAGAACCACGAGGUCUUCAAGUACGUCAUCUCGCACCUCAACAGGGUCAGCCACAACAACAAAGUGAACCUCAUGACCAGCGAGAACCUGUCCAUCUGCUUCUGGCCCACACUCAUGCGGCCCGAUUUCAGCACCAUGGAUGCGCUGACAGCCACACGCACCUACCAGACCAUCAUCGAGCUCUUCAUCCAGCAGUGCCCCUUCUUCUUCUACAACCGGCCCAUUGGCGAGCCCCCUGGCGCUGCGCCCAGCUCGCCCUCGGCCCUGGCGGCUGCCGUGCCCUUCCUCACCUCCACACCACUGCCCGGACCGCCCUCCCCGCCCCAGUCCCCGCCACCCACCCCACAGUCCCCACUGCAGCCACUGCUGCCCGCCCAGCUGCAAGCCGAGCACACGCUGUGAGUGCGUCGGGAGCUCGGCACGACACUGACGCGACGCUCAUGCUCGCACCUGCGCCACGGACCCGGGCCACCUCGGAGUGACGCCCCCUUCCCUGGCAGGAUUAGGACUGAAGGACCCGCCCGCUGGACAGACACAGCGAAGGCGAGAGAAGAGCGAGCGAGAGAGCAAGCAAGCAUGCACGCUUCCUGGUGGGUCUGGUCUCUCUCCCACCCGGGCACCGCGUGUCUGACCACCUUUGGGGGACACUGGGGUCACGCUGUGCCACCCCCAGGAACACUGCUGAGGGUCAGAACACAGGGGCAGGGGCAGCUUGGUGCCUGGAUCCAGGAGUUGCUGUCCCCAAGCUCAUCAAACAGGAACACUGGAAGGAAGGAAAGGAGGAAGGAACCACAGACCUCAGGAG